UUUCUUAUAUCAUGAUCUCCUGAAUUUGACAGUUAUUUGUUUUUAUCAGUAUGUUUUGUUAAAGUACUGUUCUUUUUCAUUUAGGGUCCAUUUAGUGACUCAACAAGGGCAGAGUUAGAUGAUGAUCAUACGUCGAGAGACCAUAUCCGUGACAUGAAGAUACUAGCUGAUUCUUCAGAUCCACAGAAAAUGGAUGUUUUACUUGUAAAAAGUCGAUUAACCUUUGAAUACAGAGGAAAGUUUUUAAAGUCGGGUAAAAGUGUAUCUGAUUUUUUCACAGAGUUUCCUGCAAUGAAAUAUCCACCUGUUUUUCUUCAAGAAGUAGCAUUAAUGUCACUCACGAGCAAAACAGCAGAUGCAAUUUCUGGUAUUUUGCUGGAUGUUGUGUCAAAAAUUCAACAAACGAAGAAUAAUUUACUGUAUAAUGAGACUGAUCCCAUCGGUGUAAAAUUUUUAUCGGUAAUUACAUCUUCAUUUAAAGAAUCAAAACAAUAUCUCAUUAGCAAUAGUAAAGAACCAAACGGACCAUGGCCGUCGAUUUUGUUGUGUACAGAUGUUGUUACUUAUUAUAAAGUCGGUUUGGAUGGAACGCAUGUCAUUGUUACGCCGAAUUCUGUUGAAGCUUUAAUUAUAUGGGCAGCACUUUACCACGUGUUCAAUGUUGAAUUUUAUGGCGCUACAAGAAAAAGUAAUCAAUUUGUUGACUAUUUAUUGUUUUCAAGACCAACAUUUGACGCUGAAGUUGCAGUGAAAACUCUAUUGAAAAAAUUAAAGAUUCAUUAA